UUGGUCCUUCUCCUUCUAUGCUAUUUUAUUCACUCGAUUGUCGUCAAUUGUCGUUAUUGUGUUGUCGUUUCAUGUCGCGUUUCAAGAUUCUUAAAAUUAUCAUUAGAUUUAAAUGGAUAUAAAUUGUAUUGUGCGAAUGUGUGAAAUGUCUCGUGGAAUAUGUAAAAAUAUUUCUCUAUUUAUUUUCACCUGAUACAUAAGAUAUUCCAAUAAAUAACGUUGCAUAAAGCACAUCACAGAGAAAGAGAGAGAGAGAGAGAGAGAGAAAGAGAAAGAGAGAAAGAAAGAGUAUCAUUUUUUCUCGUGUGAAAUAAGGUGAACAAAGGCUAUAAGAGAAAAUAAUGGCAUCGCAAGAUUUCCACAUGGCAUAUGACAUGCAUGAAAAACUCAAUUGUUUAGGUGUAACAGAAAAUGCAAUUAAUCUAGAAAAGGAGAAUACCUUUUAUAUACAAACAUUGGUCGACAAGGCAUUGGAAUUUAUUGAUCCUACUCCCAAUAUUCAUACAUUGUUUGUACAAUUUAAUGCACGCUUCUUUUGGAAUGUUUUGUCUCCUGUUCAGAUCAAGUGGAGUAACAGAAUGAAAAGUUGUGCUGGAGUUUGCACUUUUCACUCACGCAAUAAAGAAUGUAUCAUAUCCCUCAGUGCACCUUUACUUAAACUCAGGCCAAGAAAAGAUCUUGUUGAAACUUUAUUGCACGAGAUGAUUCAUGCGUACUUGUUCUUAACAAAUAAUGAUCGUGAUAGAGAUGGUCAUGGACCAAAUUUCUGCAAACAUAUGUAUAGGAUAAAUAAAGAAGCAGGAACCAAUAUAACAAUUUAUCACAAUUUUCAUGACGAAGUAAGAUUGUACAGACAGCAUUGGUGGAAAUGUAAUGGACCUUGCCAACACAGACCACCAUUCUUUGGUACGGUUCGACGUAGUAUGAACCGUGCCCCUGGUCCAUCAGACUUCUGGUGGGGCGAACAUCAACGGAAUUGCAAUGGCGAGUUUAUAAAGAUAAAAGAGCCGAAAAAUUUUAAAUCAUAUUCAAAACAAAGUGAUAAAUCAAAAUCGAAAGAUCAGAAACCAAAUAGGAGUAUCACUGAUUGGUUCACAAAGAAUACUCCGGCGAUAGAUGCAACAGCUAAACCUUCAUCUUCGAAAGUCUCUCUUAUUCAUAGUGACUCUAAAAUACUCACUCAAAGAAACAAUGAUAUGCCUAGUACUAAUAGAGAUAAUAAUGGUAGUACAAAUUCAUUUCGUACUAUGAAUGAGAAAAAUACUCAAGAUUUGUCAUUAGGAAUGAAAAAAUUGGGUGGCUCUAUUAAUAAUGUACAUGGCUGGGGUACUAGCGGCCCGAGUGGGAAAGUAGAAAAGGAUAAUGCAAAGAACGUUUCUAAGAAUCCUACAUUUUCAUGUUCUGGUGUUUUGGGAGGUAGUAACAGUGGUCAGAGUAAUCUGUUGACUAAAUUUAUGCAUGUAAACGACGACGAAAAUCACCGGCGUGAAUCAACUAGAAGAGGUUCAUCAUCAGAAUCAUCAUCGGCCGCAAGACAAGAGAGAUCUGCCAAUAAUUCAGUCGUAAAUCCAAGUCAACCAAGAAAUAAUUCCGUACCUUGCCCUACGUGUAACGUACCUAUGACUUUAGAAAAUAUAUAUAGACAUGUAGAUACAUGCCUAAUAAAUGAUAAUACGUUGAUUGACGAAAUUAAUAACAAUAUCAAUAAUAAUAAUAAUAACGAGGAAUUAAUGUUGCCUAUUCGAACGUUCUCCACAUCAGCAAUAGAACAAAAUAUCGAUGCAAAUACCAUUCCUAAUAAGCGUUUAAGAUUAGAUAAUCCAGACGAGAUGGCUGAAUAUGUCAACUGUCCUGUCUGUAACAGAAGGCUGCCAUCUGCAGAUAUUAACCAACAUCUUGAUGAAUGCCUGUUGGAAGCAAAUUCAGUUCGUAAAGCUGCCAUUCCCUCUACUUCUCGUGCAUCAUAUGAUGACAGUAUAAUCAGUAUAAGUAGUGUCUCUAGUUCUCAUUUGGAUGAUUCUAUAAUCAUCGAGAGUGAUUCCAUAGACAAUGAAACUCCAAAAACACAAUCUUAUGCAAGUACUAGCAUUGGUAAGAGCGACGCAACGGAUCUCGAACACAAAUGUUUAGUCUGCAACAUGCAGAUUCUACCUGAGAUAUCAUUAAAUGAACAUCUUGAAGAAUGCAUUGGAAGUGUUUUUAAUGACGAUACAAUGAUAAUAGAUGAUGAUAAUGAUCAGAAUGAUGAUGAUAUGCUUGUUGUAGAAAACAAUUAUAUGGAGAGUAGAUAUCCUUGUCCAGUAUGUAUGCAGAUAAUUUUGGAAAACCUUAUGAACCAACAUCUAGACAUGUGCCUUAAAAAUGAAUAAGUGAGCUUAUGGACAAAAAAAGCUAUUUUUUUGGAGCUAAUAACGCAUUUCUCUUAUCUUGAUAUGUAGCUAAAUAAUCUUAAUAAAUAUCUUUUUUCAUUUUUUACACAUAUCACAAUUUUUUAUACAUAAAGAAGAAUA